AUGCACCGUCUCCUCAUAUACUCGCUUUUCGUCUGCUCCAGCCUUGCUUUCCAACUUCCCUUCAGCAUUCCUCUUUUCAAGUCAAAAGACUCUGCCCACAUAGAACAGGCUCAUGUUUCUCCAAGAGUAGCCAUCAUUGGUGCAGGCGCGGGAGGCUCCUCAGCUGCAUUUUGGAUAUCUAAAGCGAAGGAAAGAUUCGGAAUUGACGUUGAAAUUGACGUAUAUGAGCGUUCAGAUUAUAUCGGAGGUCGCAGCACCGUAGUAUAUCCUUACAACGAUACUACGUUUGCUCCGUUGGAACUAGGAGCUUCUAUAUUCGUCGACGCAAACAAGAAUCUAAUGAGAGCUUCCAAGGAAUUCAACUUGACUCUGACAGCCUUCGAAGAUGAUGAUUCGAACACUGGUAUUUGGGAUGGCCAGAAUUUCGUACUUGUGAUAGAAAGCGGCAGCUAUUUGAAAAGCUGGUGGGCAACCUUGAAGGUGUUAUGGAGGUAUGGCUACACCGCACCCACUAAAACGAAAGCUAUUGUCCAGUCAGUGAUCGACCGUUUCCUCGACUUCUACACCCCCGACUCUCCUCGCUGGGAUGAUCUAUCAGUGUUCUCAAAGAGGUUCCAGUGGGCGUCCCUGACUAACCAAACCGCCUCGGAUUUUUGGGAAGGUAAUGGCGUUGUUCCGCUCUUUACACGAGAGCUUGUUGAGGCAGCGACGCGUGUCAACUACGGGCAGAACGUGGACAAGAUCCACGCCCUCGGAGGCGCAGCUUCAAUGGCAGCAAGUGGUGCAUCUGGUGUUGUAGCAGGAAAUUUCCGCAUAUUUGAGCAAUUUCUCGAGAAUUCGACAGCGAAGGUCUUUUUGAACACGAAUGUCAAGGAGAUCAAACGGAAAUCAGGCACUUCUUUGUGGACUGUCUACACAUCGGCUGGUUCCCAGACGUAUCAGGGAGUUAUCCUUGCUGCACCUUUCCACCAGACUGAUAUUAUCCUGCCGUCUGAUCUGGCUGAACUCAUCCCUCCGCAGCCAUAUGUGCAUUUGCACGUCACGUUGCUAACGACACGCUCCGAACACCCCAGGCCGGAGUACUUUGGCCUCGCCUCCAAUGCUCAGGUGCCAGCAACAAUUCUGUCCACCUACGAGGGUGCUCGAGCGGGUGGGGUGGAGCCCGAAUUUAAUUCAAUUUCUUACCACGGGAAGGUUCGUAAGGUGGACGGAGCGGCAGGAGACGCAGUAACAGACCCUGAGUCGACCGUGAAAAUUUUCUCCAAAGAUCGUGUCACCGAUGAAUGGCUCGAGACAGUGUUUGGUAAUGUCAGUUGGGUAUAUAGGAAAUUGUGGCAGGCAUACCCCUUGUUGCUUCCUACAUCAGAAUUUCCUCCUGUCAAGCUCGAUCAAGGCUUUUACUACGUGAAUGCUUUUGAGCCGUUCAUCUCGACUAUGGAAACCGAGACCCUAGCCUCGCGUAACGUCGUCGAUCUACUCUUGCAUGAAGAAUUUGGAACUGGCAUUUGUGGCGCUCUGCUCUCAGGAACCGAAAAUGCAACCCAAACCGCAGCGCCAGCUGAAUUUGUGCUCGGCUGGGAUUGUUAG